ACGCUAGCUUUGUAGUGUCCGUGCUUGUCUCGCUCUCUGUCUCUCUCGGGAUCGGAAGCCAAGUCCGCGCGGCGCGCGCACGGGGGAUGAAGAAGAAGAGCGGCGGCUGCGGCGGGUGCCUGGGCGCGCCGGUGCGCGCGCUGUCGCGGGCGUGCGACUCGGCCUGCGACCUGUACAUGCGCGGCAUGUCCGGGUGCGCGCGCCGCGUGCCGUCGGGGUCGUCCGCGGGCGUCGUGGGCCGCGGGUUCGGCGGGGUGGGCGCCGCGACCCUGCGCCUGCGGGUCGUCAGCUCGGACGGCGCCGACGGCAACGACCUCGUCCGCGCCGCGGCCGCGGCCAGGCGCCACCAGCGCCGCGUCGCGGCCGAGCCGGCGGAGGAGGCCGUCAGCUACCACGGUGCCGCCGGCAAGGCCCAGAUCAUCGGCGCGGCGGCGCCGGCCGCAUGGGCACCGGCGCGGAAGAAGGGCGGCGUGGCGGCCAUGGGGACCAUCGCCGAGGACGAGACGUGCGAGUUCGGCCCCGACGGCGCCUGCGCCGUUGCCCCCUCGCUGAACCCGCCGCGCCGCGCCGGGUUCGGCGCCGUCAAGGCGGGAGGCGACGGCGUGGUCGCACGCUGACGGAUGCAUGCGAAUGCGACGCGUACUGGUUCGCGAUCGUCCUGCCUGCCGGUGCAAGAUUGCAGAACUAGCUUCUUUGUUCGAUUCGAGGCUCCCCAGUUCUUUCUUUCUCCAAUCCUUUCUUCUCGUCUUGCUGUGUAAAUUAUUAUUCUAUAUGUAACGUUGAUAAGAAACCUAGCGUGAGUGUGACGUGAUCCUCAGAAUUUUUCCUCCGAUCCAGAAACCGGUUGAAAUGGUACGCGCAAUGGCUACAGUACUACGACUUUUUAACUUGGUUACA